CAGUCAGUCGUCGACAGCGAGUGUUGAAAUGGCGCAGAAAGGAGUUCAGCUGGACCGGGAAUCCUUCUCUUGUUCCGUCUGUUUGGAUCUACUGAAGGAUCCGGUGACUGUUCCCUGUGGACACAGCUACUGCAUGGACUGUAUUAAAGCCCACUGGGAUACAGAGGAGGAGAAGGAGAGCUACAGCUGCCCUCAGUGUAGGCACACCUUCACCCCGAGGCCUGCCCUGCUGAGAAACACCAUGCUGGAGACGAUACUACAGGAACUGAAGAAGACCGGACUCCUAGCUGCUCGUGAGGAUCCCUCUUAUGCUGGACCUGAAGAUGUGGCCUGUGACAUCUGCACCGGGAGGAAACUCAAAGCCAGUAAGUCCUGUCUGCAGUGUCUGGCUUCUUACUGCCAGAAACACCUUCAGCCUCAUUUUGAAGCAGCUCCAUUGAAGAAACACAAGCUGGUGGAGCCCUCCAAGAAGCUCCAGGAGAACGUCUGCUCUCGUCAUGAUGAGGUGAUGAAGAUGUUCUGUCGUACUGAUCAGCAGUCUAUCUGUUAUCUCUGCUCUGUGGACGAACACAAAGGCCACGACACGGUCUCAGCUGCAGCAGAGCGGACUGAGAAGCAGAGAGAGCUGGAGGAGAGUCGACUGAACAUCCAGCAGAGAAUCCAGGACAGAGAGAAAGAUGUGGAGCAGCUUCAACAGGAGGUGGAGGCUAUCAACGGCUCCGCUGAUAAAGCAGUGGAGCACAGUGAGGAGAUGUUCACCCAGCUGAUCCGUCUCAUGGAGGAACGACGCUCUGACGUGAGGCAGCGGGUCAGAUCCCAGCAGGAAACUGAAGUGAGUCGAGUCAGAGAGCUUCAGGAGAAGCUGGAGCAGGAGAUCACUGAGCUGAAGAGGAGAGACGCUGAGCUGCAGAAGCUGGCACACACAGAGGACCACAACCAGUUUCUACAGGACUACCCCUCACUGUCAGGACUCAGUGGACCUGCAGACUCAUCCAGCAUCAAGACCCGUCCUCUCAGGUACUUUGAGGAUGUGACAGCAGCUGUGUCAGAAGUCAGAGAUCAACUACAGGAGGUCCUGAGAGAGAAGUGGACUAACGUCUCACAGGCUGCGACUGAAGUGGAUGCUUUACUGUCAGAACCACCAGAGCCCAAGACCAGAGCUGGGUUCUUAAGAUACUCAUGUGGAGUCACACUGGAUCCAAACACAGCACACACAUGGCUGUUAUUAUCUGAUGGGAACAGAAGAGCAACACUGAAACAACCAGAACAGUCUUAUUCUAGUCACCCAGACAGAUGCACAGGUCGGUUUCAGAUCCUGAGUAGAGAGAGUCUGAGCGGACGUUGUUACUGGGAGGUGGAGCGGAGAGGGGGCGGAGUUGAGGUAGCAGUCGCAUACAAGAAUAUCAGCAGAGCAGGAGACUCAGAUGAUUGUAGAUUUGGAUUCAAUGAUAAAUCUUGGUCUUUAUUUUGUAACAACAACAGUUAUAACUUUUGGUACAACAAUGUGGAGACUCCUGUCUCAGGUCCUCGGUCCUCCAGAUUAGGAGUGUACCUGGAUCACAGAGCAGGUAUUCUGUCCUUCUACAGCGUCUCUGAUACCAUGACUCUCCUCCACAGAGUCCAGACCACAUUCACUCAGCCCCUCUAUGCUGGACUAAGGUUGUACUGUAUUGAAGACACUGCUGAGUUCUGUGAACUCCACUAAAAACCUUCAAGUCCAUUCAGACCAAAUGUGAGCAACAAGAGGAUUUCAAAGCUGCAUGGUUCUGGUCUGAUGGUUCUCCCUCCAAGGACUCUCUGUGCUUCAGGUCUUCAUGCCGGCUUUGUGAGUCUUUUUGGAGCUGCUGCUUUUGUAGACGCUUUAAGGGAUGAGGACAGUGAUGCUGGAUUAUUUGCAACAGUUGGGUUUCUAUUUUUGAUGAAGCUUCAAAAUAAGAGAAAAAAAA